AUGGAGACAGAUCUCAAGCUGUAUGGAAAUGAGCUUAACUACUUUACGACUUUCUUCAACAUUGGAUAUAUGAUCAUGCUUUAUCCUUCGUGCAUCAUCAUAUCCCAUGCUGGUCCGUCAAUUUGGCUACCUGCAUGCGAGGUAAUUCACACAUACGAGGUUUUCUAUAUCGAGUGCUCUGACAGUCUUGCCAGAUUAUCUGGGGCGUAUUGA